CACACACACACACACACAGCCCAACGCUGUUGUGGAAGAAACUGCUGCUAUACAGCUAGAAAUUUUUAAGUGACUGCUUCAGACCUCCCUCCUUGGGUCACGGCUCUUCACCAGUAGGGACUGCUGAGCUCCCUCCAUGGACCUACCCUAUUACCAUGGCCCUUUGACCAAAAUCGCUUGUGAGACUUUACUGCUCCAGGAGGGAAAAGAUGGCAAGUUUCUCUUAAGAGACAGCGAGUCAGUACCUGGAGCCCUGUGCCUCUGUGUCUUGUUUCAAAAUACGAUCUACACAUACCGAAUCAAAAAAGAAAAAUAUGGAUACUACACGAUAGAGACAACAGAAGGUGUUAAAAAGGUGUUAUUUCCAAACCUGAAAGAACUAAUCUCCAAAUAUGAAAAACCAAAUCAAGGACUAGUGAUUCAUCUUCGUUAUCCAGUAGAGAAAAAUAAUGUAUACCAGAGUCAGAGAAAUCCACCGGCACCGGCUGCUUUGGAUGAUGAUGAUUAUGUGAAUGUCAACAGUGAUGAUUAUGUGGAAAUCUUUCCUUGAAUUCUGAAACCCAAGCCUGAUGCCAGAGCACGAAGAGAGCCAGCCUACAGUGGCUUCUAAGACUAUUGGGAUAAAGCCCCCCAAACUUCUGUGAUUCUCUGCUUCUCCUGAGAUUUUAGUGACCAUUUCCCAGCACUGAACUCGGGCCUUCCUGCCAGUCAGAGAACUGGGCAGUCCAUGCCUGUGUGCCAUGACUUUAUAUCCAGUUAUGCUCCAAGAAAGGAAACUGCAUAACUGCCUGUAUAACUGGAAAUAUAAAUGUAGCCUAGAGAUACUGUACCCCUCCAUCCCAAUAAAGUCUUCCAAGAAUCCCUGCAAGGCUAAAGCAGGUAGCCAUAGUGCAGCCUGACAGGUUAAAACAUAAUUACCACCCAAAUAGCCUCAAUCCACACAUAAUCGAGAGUCCCCACAAAAUAAUGAGGUCUUUGAAACUUCUUAUCUCAGAACUCGGACUCUGGAGCCCCAAAUUCAGUGUGAUUAUUUUGAAGUAAUCUAUUAUGCAAAUUAUUCCCUCAUCUCCCAUCUAGUACAACAUUCUCUAUUGCCAGACUAUUCAAGAGAUACUCAUCCCAAAGCAGUCAAUUAAGCUAUAAAGGCAGUGUAAAUAACAAGAAAGGGAACUGGUAGUAGAAUUGCUAUCUGCCUCCCAUGUAUAAUUAAGAAAGACCCCUUAAUUCUCUUGUAUGAUCCUGGGGAAUUCUCAUCUAAUCCACUCUUAAUUCCCACUAGUCAUCCUGAUAGUAGAAGAGGGACAAAGGUGCUCCUGAACUCAGUAUCCCAGGUUUAGGAGGGUCCACCUCUGGGAAUAUGGUGGAUUUCUCUCAGGGUAGGGUAGAGAAUUGCUGAAGGUGAGAAUCAGUCUAGAGCUUUGUGAAGUCUCUUGACUCUUUUACUAAGUUAAAUUUAAUAUACACUUAAAGAAAGUUAAAUCUCAUAUA